AUCGGUGCUCGCCUGCUCUGUGCCGGGCAAGGAGGACAGAAUUUCCAGUGAAGCUAGUUUGAGGAGGAAAGCGCUGGGGGCCAUGAGCAAGUCCUUCCUUACGUUUCCUUUGUCGCUUGGAUCGGCUCCAGCUGCCUUCCCUGGGUGACCCGCUGUCCCUGGAGGCCUGGCCAGGCAGGGCAGACUGGACAGCCCGUCCUUCUGGAGAGCAGGGUGAUGCAGGUGCACUGAGAGAGCAGGGCCUGCACACAGUAGGUCCCGGGGGCAGGAUGGAGGGGGCACCAUCAUCCUGGUAGUACCCCGACCUGGAAAAUCCCUCAGAAACCUCUUCCUUGGCUGGCGUCCAGCUCUGCUCCACCCCAGCAUCCUUCAACGGUGGUCAGGUUGCUGAGACAUUGCCUCUCUGUGCAGCGGCCAAGUCCACCGUUUGACCUUGUUUUGGACCAGAGAAUUUGAACUAUGGCCGACUCAUUACGGCCUGUCGUGGAACAAGUCAUCUAGGCGUCUAGGCACAGCUGUCUCCUCCGUGACUCGGGCUGCUCGCAGCUCUGGAAGCCCUGGGACAGUGUCUCCAUUGGGUGUACAUCCCCACAGCGGUGCCUUAUUCUGGGGCCACAGGCUCUGACCAGUGGGUCGCAGGGGUGCCCCUUAGGGUGGGGCCGAGCUGGGGGAGCCCUGUGGGUCAAAGGGGUACACACAGCCCCCUCAUUGAGGGUCCCGCUGGCUGUGCUCCAGGGGAGAAAGGUAAUAAGGAGCAACUCGCACUUACUAUCGGUAUAAAUCCCACAAUCAGGAAAAUUGCUUCAAUUGCUAAAAAACGCUGGUGGGAAAGUCCAUUUAUUUUUCAUUUUUCUUGUGCACUUGCCCCCUUUACACAUGAAUCACUGUCGGUAUGUAGAUUAAAUUUAUACCCCCGUUAUCUUUCAUGUCUCUGGGGCUCUGGUGUCAGCUGAGUUUCUGGUUACUGAAAGCCACAGUCCGCUUCCUCAUGGGGAGACAUGUGGUCUUCUGCCAGGGGCUCCUUCCUCUGUUCCAGAGCCUCCCCUCAGCCUUCCUCCCCUCCAUGAGAUCAGGCUUGCUUUUUGGAAAACCGCAUUCUUCUCUGGAGCUGCUUGUGCUCCGGCACCUGCCGCAAAGGAUGUGGACACUGGACUUUUGUGUUUUCUGCGAGAGGGCUCGCGGGGAGCAUGGUGAAGGCGCGAUUUCGUUUCUAACACUUGCUUUGUGAAUUGGCCUAGAGAGGAUCCACACUGCAGGCAUUUUGAAGACACACACUAGAGACACAUGUCUACACAGGCUUCUUUUCUCUUUGUCCCUCAGACACAUGCACGCAUCUACUCACAGGGGAUAGAACCGGCUGCCUGCCUGCCUUCCUCUUUAACGUGGGUGACCCAGUUACACAGCAGCUGUGGAAGAAGCCUGGUUUCACCUGGAUUCUGGAAGGUGUAGAACUUUCUAGAAUGGACCGUAUGCUUUGUUCUCCACCCUCAGAUUUAGCCGUCUCCGAGUACAUACUCCAUAAAGCGUGGUUCUUCAUCAGCGGAUCUAUUCAUUCAACAAGUGUUAGCUCUGAUUCUGGGUCCUGUACCCCUUUGAAAAUCUGAUGAAACCCUUCAUGAUGCACAAUUCUGGAUGAGUCGGGGGUAGUUUGCAGAGUCCAUGCUGAGCCGUGGGCUGGAGAACCCUGCGCUGGAGGCCUGCUCCUGUGCCCCCCACUCCCCUCGCCACACCAAGGUCUGGGGGUCCUUCUGGGCCAGACACCCCAGCUUCUCACACCCCAACACGCUUCUCAGACCUCGUCUCAGGAGAGUAGUCCCCUGGGCCACACUUCGAGACUCGGAGCCCCCCACUUCUCUCUCUGCGACACCGCGUGGCUGGGUGGGGAGCUCCCGAAACAGCAGCUGGCCGCGCCCGCUCCGGGCCCCUGGCGCCCCCCGCAGGCGCUUUGGCACGAAAUGCACGGCCUGCCAGCAGGGCAUCCCCCCGACCCAGGUGGUGCGCAAGGCCCAGGACUUCGUCUACCACCUGCACUGCUUCGCCUGCAUCAUCUGCAACCGGCAGCUGGCCACCGGGGACGAGUUCUACCUCAUGGAGGACGGGCGGCUGGUGUGCAAGGAGGACUAUGAGACGGCCAAGCAGAACGACGACUCCGAGGCCGGAGCCAAGCGGCCCAGAACCACCAUCACCGCGAAGCAGCUGGAGACGUUAAAGAGCGCCUACAAGAACUCCCCCAAGCCCGCCCGGCACGUGAGGGAGCAGCUGUCCUCCGAGACCGGCUUGGACAUGAGGGUCGUUCAGGUUUGGUUUCAGAACCGAAGGGCCAAGGAGAAGCGCCUGAAGAAGGACGCGGGGCGGCACCGCUGGGGACAGUUCUACAAGAGCGUGAAGCGGAGCCGGGCCGGCGGCAAGCAGGAGAAGGAGAGCUCUGCCGAGGACUGUGGGGUCAGUGACAGUGAGCUGAGCUUCCGAGAGGAUCAAAUUCUCUCAGAACUUGGCCACACCAAUAGGAUUUAUGGCAACGUGGGGGACGUUACAGGCGGACAGUUAAUGAAUGGGAGCUUCUCCAUGGACGGGACAGGACAAUCCUAUCAGGACUUGAGGGACGGGAGCCCCUAUGGAGUCCCCCAGUCUCCCUCCUCCAUAUCGUCCCUGCCAUCACACGCUCCUUUGCUCAAUGGGCUGGAUUACACGGUGGACAGUAAUUUGGGCAUCAUUGCGCAUGCGGGGCAGGGAGUGAGCCAGACGCUGAGAGCCAUGGCUGGGGGACCCACCUCUGACAUCUCCACAGGAAGCAGUGUAGGCUAUCCCGACUUCCCCACGAGCCCAGCCUCUUGGCUCGAUGAAAUGGAUCAUCCUCCUUUUUAAACAUCUCUCCUCCCCACCCUACCCGUCCUGGCCUGAGAGAAUAUCUUCAAGGAUCAAAAGAGACUUGCCUUUUCAGGAUCAAAAGCGCGCCACUGUGAAUUUCCAUUAUUUUCAAUGGAAGUCCUCCGCUGAUCCCUGGGCGGGCGAGAGACCAGACCACGCUAGGGCCCUGUUAUCCUGGGUGGGGGGGGGGGUCGUGGGAAGGCAGCCUCCUCUCAGAACACGGCACAGGGGCGCAGAGCCUAGAGCGCUAGGGUGCUGCUUGGUGGCUUCCUACCCCCGCCCUGCUUACAGGCUUUGGCUGCUCGGUGCUUGGUAGCACGAGGUGACCGUCAGGCCACCUUGGCCUUUGGGAAUUCUGCUCCGACUGGUGUCUUAUGAGAUGCUUCCCGAACCACUGCUCUCACCAGAACUGAGAUCCCUGAGGUAGAGGCAUCAUGGCCCUUGAGUAUAAUAAAAGUGAUUUCUGGACCACCUUAUUGAACUCUAAUUUUGAAAAUAAAAAGUCACUUAUUAAAGGUCAGUGAAAACUCUGAUGGCCACCAUUUGAUAUUGAAAACGUCCCCUUCUUCUUCUUCUUCUUCUUUUUUUUCUAUGAAAAAUAUGAUUUCUUUCCUGCCCAGAAGUACAAGCCAGACAAUAUUUGUCCACUUUGGUUUUUAAGAAAUCCCCUCCCUAUCACUGAACCCCGAUGGCAAGAAGUGGUUUUCCUUGCAGGUGACUCAGGCUGGAGCUGAGUGGCCCUGGACCAUCACAGCGACUGCCCGAUGAGUCCCCUCGGUGCACACUGUGCCUUUUUAAUUUGCUCGUAUCAUUUAUUCCACAACGCAGGCUGUGGGUUACACAGUGGUUAAAGCUAGAAUACGGAAAGAACAGAUCGACAAUCAGUGCAGGCGCAUUUGGAUUCUAAACGUGCAGGCCGCUUAGCCACGUCAGCAGACGAGCCUCCCAGAGCUCCCCAUCCCGCAGGCUGGACCGGCCUGAGUCUGUUCGGCAGGAGGUGGUGCAGACGAGCUGGCCAGCCCACCCCAGCCCUUGAGAAAUGAGAGCUUUCUCUGGGGUAGCUGACUCAAUUGGACAGUGUUGGUGUCUACCAAGAACUAGUAAUGUGUUUUUGGCCCACCUUGGUGGAGAUGAUCACUAGGGAGCAGCCCUAAGAUCGCCUGAAGGGUUCCAGGCGGUUCUCGGGCUGCAUUUCUCUGGGCUGCUGCCGCAAGUCUUCCUUCACACCCCUCACGUCUGUCCGUCAGGGAGUUCUGCAGCGCACAGCACGGGGUAGGAGCUAGGUAGCAGUCCGGUCCCCUUGGGAAACGGUGGGCGCCUUCUUCUGGCCUCCAUCUUUUUAAACAAGAGAGUAGGAAAAGGUAAGCAGGCAUUGCCUCGCUUUCACAUGAAGUGACGGGCCAGGAGCGUAAGGAUGCUGGCCCCUUCUGUGAGUGCUUCGUCCCACUUUGAGGUCCCCGGGAUUCAGGCACGUGGUGGCAGGCUAAAGGAAGGCCGAAAACACCACUUUGGCUGCUGCAUCUGCUACAGGCGCCUUCCCACGACUAAAAUGAGGUCAGUCAGGCUUUGAAAUGCGUAGUCAGUGAAUUCCUGGGAUCAGCCUUCUGGCCACCUCUCAUCAGUUGGGAUCGUCCCCUUACUUUCUGGUGUGUUGCAACUGCUGUGACUUUUGCCUGGAGAAUCUGCAAACCUAGACUUCUUCAGGCUCCAGAUGUAGGGGUGGGGCUGGGUCACACCGAGCCAGGUUGCUCCUGGCGAUUCCACAGUAGUGGGAACGCGGGGAGCGGGAGCGGGGACACGCACGGAAGACGAUUAGCCGUGUGAAGGGAAGGAAGACACAACUGUCCCUUGGAGGACAGCUUCUUCCAGCCAGUGUCUGCAGGCUGCUCACGGGACGCAGGAGAGAGACGGUGUUGGGCUGUGGACCAGCGACCCACUGUCCCACCCUCGCCAGCGUCUCGGCCUGACUGGCCCAGGGACUCCCAGGACUUCAGAGCCACUUCCCAUGUUUGGCGCGUACAGCGCAGGGAGGGCGCGCUCUUGGAGAGACAGGCGCCCUCUGUGUGUGUCGCUGGUUUUUUAAGAUCAACUGAAGUUGAUCUGUUUUGGGUUUUGUAAGUGACUUCCUCGUGCUCAUUCCCGAUUUGGUGGCGGGAGAAGGGUUCCUGGUUCCCGCCAGGAACAUAACAUCUCCUGCACUCAGACGGCAGCACCGUCGAAGGCAGUAGCAGCCUCUUGGGUUUGGCGGGGAGGGGGUCGGCUGGCUUGAAGAGCCCUUUUGAGAGCACCGGCCAGAAAGCCGGGGAGACUGCAUGAAGUUCCCUACAGCCCCCUCCCUGGAAAGCGGCAGCAUUGGUGCCUCACUUAGAAGUACAGCCCCCAGAGGCCUCCGAUUUGAGGUGUGUCUCCUCACACAGGAGGCUGGCACGUGCCUGGGCCAGGGCCCCACGGAGCCACCGCAAGCCAAGACGAUUCCUUGGCUCCUCCAUGGCUUAUCGCCUUGACAUUCUCUUAAAGGCACUCACCUAGCGCUCACUGUGCUCAUAGGCUAAUACCCUAGUAACCCUCUAUUACCGAGGGUAAGUGCUACAUGGGAGCAGUUUCCUCCUUGCUAAAACGAUAUGGAUGAAUUUUUCAAAUGAAAUGAGAACUUCUACAGGCAUUUACAAUAUUUGGAUCUGUCUUUGGCUCCAAGAGGGCAAUGAGCUAGCGACCGUUAUCUGGCUGGUAGACCUUAGGGUAGGUGGCUUCGGAAUCCCGGAGCCAAUUAAAGUCAGAAAGAAAAACAAACUCCCCACCUCUCCAGUUUCCAGGGAUAACUGGUAUGAGCAAAAACGGGGCCCAAGUGGCUAUGGAAGAAUCUACAUUUGCGGAGAUGUUUAAGAAAAGCGUAGAGGAAACCCCAAAUCCAAGGGCUAAGCCGGCCCUCUGGGUAAAUCACGUUGCCGGGGAGCCUGGCUCCUUUCAGGGACUUGCUGGGCAAACUCAAGGCCAACUCUGCUCCAUCUUCGUCCUUUCUCUUUCCUGCCCCAGCUGGUAGUCAGGACUGUAAUGUAGAAUGAAAAUCAGCGACCGUACUGAUCACGUUACUCCUGCGAACCAGUAAACAUCAGGGAAAGAGAACAAGACCCAAGACAAGCAUUUUGGAGUGUCUUUAAAAGUUGGUCUUUUGUUUCUGGUUUUUUUUUUUUUUUUUUUGGUUGUUUUUUUUGAGCGUGAAACAUGAAAACUAGUAAGAUCACUGGGGCCAUUAGAUCUUCAUACUGAAGCUCAUGUUGCAGAAAGUGUAGCUAGAACAAAGGACAUUAACGUCUCUGAAGCUCAAGCUGGUUAUUUUGAGAUAACUGCCUCCUUGCAGGACGGGCGGUAAGGCCUCAGCCGAGCAGAAGUGCCCACUGACGGUGCACGUCUGGCCCCCCAGGCUCCUGCGUGACCCCUCCCACGCACCCCGACUGACAUCUCUGUUAUAUCCGCAGAAAUAAUGACCACACCUCCUCAGCCAGCAGCGGCUGGAAGGCCUGAGGAGGCUCAUUUUUAAACACUGCACUUUAAAAAUUGGAAACCGUGACAUGAAGAAAAAUUCAAUUAAGCGGAAAUGAGUUUUGUUUUAUUGGCUGCUGCUGACGGGCUCUGGGCAUGCUGAAAGCUAAAUAAAAAAGCACAUCACUGGCUCUCUCUUUCUUGGAUUGGUCAGUUGGCCCUUUUUGCAGUAGUUGCUCUAACUGCUCUAACACGGUGACCGGAGCCAAAAAAAGAGAGCGUGGCAAAGCCAUCCCAUCCACACACUGCUUGGUAGGACCCCACAGAAAGCACAGUUUCAUGCUGCUAGCUCUGGUGAGGAGGCAGCUGCAGGUCUGGGAGGUGUGCCAAGCAUUCCUUUCCUUAGGGAGGCAGAGCACAGGUGGACAGGGGAGGACACCCCCGCUCUCGUCUGCGGCCCACCUAGAGACCAGAAUCAUGUGUUCGUCCCCACUCGAGGACUGUGUGCAGCCAAAUGCGUGGGUUCAGGGCUGCAGGGACCCAGAAGCUGCUCUGAACUUGCAUUCAGACCUCAAAGCCCCAGAUCCCCUAAGCUCUGGAUUGUGGCCCUCACCCUUGGCAGUGUAAAUUUUGUACAGUUAAAAAGAAAUGAAGUCUCAUUUCCUGGGGGAAAAAAAAAACAAAAAAAAAAAGAACAAAAAAAGGACCCACCCAUCC